UGAUAAUUAUGUUAUUGAUUAAUUUGAUUUACGCCUGGAUGUGAAAGAAAAAAAAUUAAAAAAACAAUUUGGGAGCGCCAGGUGAAAAUACAUUCAUUAGUUUGUGACCGCACCUUGGUGUCUAACACCGAAAAAAAAAUAUAUAAAAUACUUUGUAUUUAUCAGUUGAAUAUUGUCUUUGGUUAAAUAAUUUCUACGAGUUUUAAAAAAUGGAUUUAAAAAGUUCAAUUGUUUCAUUAACAACUCCUUGUUCAAUAAAUGAAUUUGGAAUUGAUGAUUGUGUUGAGGAUGAAGUUGAAAAAUGGCUUGAAGAUGAGGCACUACCUGGUUUUCGUGUUUGGCAACUUGCUGGUAUUAUUAUAACAAUAUUAUUAACAAUAACUAUUGGAUUUUGUUGUUGUAUUAGAUUUCGUAUACCAAGAACAAAACAAAGUAUUGAAGCUGAUUUUAUUAGAAAAAAAAUAACUAAAAAUUUUCGAAAAGAAUUGGAUAAAAUUAAUAAUACUGAAAUGGAUAAUAUGAAUUUAAGAAAAGCGUUGGAAAAAGUUGGUGCUGAUUUGGAUGCUGAAGAACAAGAGUUACAAAAAAAACAACAAAAAUUAUUUACUGAUAAAUCAUUGAGUGAUGUUUCAUUGAGGACAAGAUUCAGUGCAAUGAUACAUGGAAUGCGUAAUAAAUUCACCAAAAACACACCAACAAAAUUGGAAAAUGUUAUAUAAAUUUUAAAACUAAAUAAUUUAAUGAUUACAAUAUGCUAAUUUAAACUUGUUUAAAACAUAUUUAUUUUUAUUUAAACUUUAUUACAUGCAACAAUUGAUUA